AUGGCGAUACUAAUGUUCGGCCGUUUUCUUAGUCGAUCCUUGCCUCAUCACCGCGACGGCCCUACGAUCUUCUCUUUCCAGCAGAAACUCAUCAUGGAGGGUGGUGGUCCGUCUUCUACUGCGGGCGCCUCACCGGUGCUGGAACCUGUUGUCAACGAUGAACUCUCCGAUGCCGAAGAUCUCGCGGCGGACAACUUCUAUUCUCCGCCUGCAACACCCGGACUAUCGCGAACCCCUUCCUUUUCAUACCAGGAUGACUGGGAUACGUUUCCCUCCCUGGACCAUUUUACCGUCUUCGACCUGCUCGACAACCUCGCCCUGUCCCAAAGACUCGAGAAGCUUCAGCGAACUAUAAACCUCCAGAAAGAUAAGGUUAAACAACAGCGUGAGAAGCUCAAGUCGAGCUCGGUGAAUGCCAAGAAUCGCGUCGUCGGAGAAUGGAAGAAACGCGUCCCGACUGCCGACGAACAACUCGACAAGUACCGCCGUCGCAUGAAACAUGGGGUUGAGCGCCUGGGGAAGCAGUGGAACGCGACUGCGACGGUGACCUUGCGCGAGAAGAUAUCCUUCAUAGCCGGCGUUUUGAACAUAUUCGUCAGUGGCUACCUCAUCGGAGGCCAUCCGGAAUACUUCUAUAUCUGGUUCAGUGUACAGCUUCUAUACUUCAUGCCGAUUCGGUAUUACAGGUACCACAAGAAGGGCUACCAUUAUUUCCUUGCGGAUCUAUGCUACUUUGUCAACAUGCUCUGCAUGUUGAGCAUUUGGGUCUUCCCGCAAUCUGCACGGCUGUUUAUCAGCACGUUCUGCCUCACAUUUGGCAAUAACGCCGUGGCGAUUGCUAUGUGGAGGAAUUCCAUGGUCUUCCAUAGCAUGGACAAGGUCGUUAGUUUGUUCAUCCAUAUCAUGCCCCCGGCCACUCUGCACUGCUUGGUGCAUUUGACCUCCGCUGAGAUCUUGAAAGAGAGGUUCCCGGCCAUCUACGCCAUCAAGUUCAGUGAGCCAGGCUCGCCGAACCAUUUCUCGCUUCUGGCUAUGAUGGGUUGGGCGACUUUGCCGUAUGUGAUCUGGCAAUCAGCCUACCAUUGUUUUAUUACAGUGCGUCGGGCCGAAAAGAUUGCCGCGGGCCGCCCGACCAGUUUCACCUGGCUUCGCAAAUCCUAUGCAAAGACCUGGAUCGGGAAACUCGUGCUGAACCUGCCAGAAUCUUUACAGUCUCCGGCCUUCAUGGUAAUUCAAUAUCUCUAUGCACUCUUGACGAUGAUUCCGUGCCCGCUCUGGUUCUGGUCUCGCUGGGCAAGUGGGCUGUUCCUGACGGCACUUUUCAUCCUGAGCAUCCACAACGGUGCCACCUACUACAUCGAUAUCUUCGGUAACCGUUUCCAGAAGGAACUGGAAGAGCUGAAGCGAGAUGUUGCGCGGUGGCAAUCGUCACCCGAGGGCUCCAUGAGCCCGACAACCCUGGGGGGAUCGGAUAGUGCUGCUGCGGUGGGGGCUCAAGUCUUGGAUGACUCGGCGGGUACUUCUAAAAAUAAUGGCGGAUCUGACCAGGCCAGUCUGGACCGAAUUCCGCCACUUGAUUCUGAAGCCGCCACGACUGGUGCACAGGAUGCCAACAACCGCUCAGAGCCUGCAGUGUUGCGGGAGAGGAGAUGA